AUGGUCAAAAUAGAGAAAAGUAGGGCCAUCUUCAGUAAGGUUGGCACACUGAAAGGCAUCGGCUGCUACAAAUAUACUGAGAAAUGCACCAAGUGCCCAGAUGAUCAAUAUCCAACCAAGAACCAAAUCCAAUGUAUCCCCAAAAGAACAAUCUUCCUCUCCUAUGAAGAAUAUCUGGGCAUGAGCCUCAUCUCCUUUGCCCUACUCUUGUCUCUAACCACAGGCCUUGUUUUCAUCAUAUUCAUUCAGUACCUAGAAACUCCCAUCGUCAAAGCCAACAACCGGGACCUCUCCUUCAUCCUCCUGAUCUCCCUCCUGCUUUGCUUUUUGUCCUCCUUUCUCUUCAUUGGCCGACCAAGAAAAGUCACCUGUCUUCUCCGACAAACAAUGUUCAGCAUUGUCUUCUCAGUAGCCGUGUCUUCUGUGUUGGCCAAAACUAUCAUGGUGGUGCUGGCCUUCCUGGCCUCAAAACCAGGGAACAUAAUGAGAAGAUGGUUAGGGAAGACCUUGGCUAACUCCAUCGUCCUUUCUUGUUUAGUUAUCCAAAUUCUCAUCUGUGCCAUUUGGUUGGGAGCUUCUCCACCAUUCCCUGACUCUGAUCUGCAUUCCCAGCCUGGAGAGACCAUUCUUCAAUGCAACGAAGGCUCUGUCACCAUGUUUUAUGUUGUCCUUGGCUACAUGGGUUUCCUUGCUGCCAUUUGCUUCAUGGUGGCUUUCCUGGCCAGAAACCUGCCUGGGACAUUCAAUGAAGCCAAACUGAUCACCUUCAGCAUGCUG